AUGGGUAAACGGUUUUCUGAAUCGGCCGCCAAAAAAGCAGCUGGAAAUCAGCGUAAAAAAGAACAGGCUCAUGCCAAGGAAAGAGCUCAUAGGGACGCACUAGAAGCUCAAGAAGCUGCCAAAUGGGAACAGGGUGCCGACAAAGGUAACCCCAAGAAAGCGGAGGAGGAACAGAAGAAACAGGCGAAAUUGAAGGCGAAGAGGGACCGUGAUGAACUGCUGGCAGCAGAAGAAGCAUCUUUGGGCAAAGGUGGGAAAGGCAAAUAA